AUGUCGGACUCAACAACAAUCAACAACACGCUCGCCAGCCCAAUCGGGUCCCUUGCCUCCAGUCCCGGCAGCACCCUUGCUUCCCAAUCCGACUCUCCUCGAGCGCGGCUGAGCGCCAGCAGUGGCUUUGGCUUCGCCUCCGCCUCCGCCUGGUUUGAGAUCUAUCAGAAUGAGCCUGAGAAAGCUCCGGCCACGCAGUUGCUGAGUAUUAGCGAUAAUCCCGAUCAUCUCGAAAUUGAUACCUCCAGCCUUGAGGAGCACAGCCACUUCAGUGACGACAGCACCGACAGCAUGGAAGACUACGAUAUCGUCAGUGGAGCGAGCUCCCCAAGCUCCCUGUCCUUCCAAAUCGUUGAGCCAGAACGCGAAAAGCUCUACCCGAUCGCCAUCACCGUUUUCGUGGGAAGUCCACGUGCUCAGAAAGAUCGACCCGUCCAUCUCAGCUGCAUUGUACUCACAUCCGAUUGGCGCCAGGACUUUUUCCCGAACUCAUGCAAAAACAAAGCCGACAAGGCAGUGAAAUGCAAAGACAUCAUAAAGUACAACGAGCAGUGCCUUCCUCAGAUCGCCAAAUUUGCCUGUGCAAUUUGCUCUGAGCCGACUCCCGCCCGCAAAUUCGUGCACCAGCCCAUUAUGUUCACACGGACUAGCAAAUCCGGACUGGAGGAUGGACCCCGACGCCGGCUGAUCAUGCGAUUGGGACAGCUUGUUCAUAGUCGGUGGAGGUUCCCUGAUAUGAAUGCCACGCUUGGUGGAUCAGCGGAAGCUCAGGUCUUUGAGGUUGCCAUUCCGGUGUGCAAGAGGUCAGGCUGCGGCAUAGCAGGUCGGACGUCUGCCCACCAACUCAUCCGGGCCAUUGUGUCGUCCAAUGCGGACUUGGAUCCCUCAGCGCUGGACCUCGACAUAGUUAUUCCAUUGGCUGAUUUAGGAACCGGUAUAGGAGAUUGGACACCAGACAGAGCAGAGAUUUUGGUGACGAAGCUCGGGCCGGACUGUGUGCCUCUGGAGGUACGCAGCCAUGUCGAAGCAUGA